CGCGGGACUAAAUUCUUGAUCCUGAGGCCAUGAAUUCUACAACUUUGGUUGAAGCCUCCAUACCCAUAAUAACAAUGCAUGCAGUUAUUUUGAUCCUACCACUUAAGACAGUGACCAUGAUAAUUUAACGUAUGUCCCCCUCUUCUUGAAUAUGUUGCACACUAACUUUGGUGACGAAUAGUCGUAUAGUUUCCGAAAGGCUGAACAUUUUCAAAAGUUAACGACGCACGAUGACGGACGGUCAAUCGGUCACAGAUAACAAUAGGUCACCUGAGUGACGCAGGUAACCUAAAACUUCAGUUUAAAACAAAUGGCAUUUUUAACAUUACUGUGAAGAAGUGCAGGUCUAUCGCAUUGAUCUUAUUCAUAUGCCAUGUAGAAUGGUUAAAAGUAUAUGUGUGUUUAAAUGUUGUCUGCCAAUUCCUUUGUGCUCUUCAUGCAAGAUUAGACAAAAGCAUAUUUGAUCCUUCAAGAAACUUUGAAAAUAUACGCUGUACAGGUUGUGUUGACCGAAAACACACAAAUUGAUUUUUACAUUUGCCGCCCCCAAAGAACCCGGAAUUCAUAUUUAAAUCGCACUGACGAAAAAUACUUAGUAUGUUCACUGAGGAGAGCUAAUGUAGCGUUUUGUCGUGACUGGCUUUGGAAACUGACAAUAUCCUACGAUUUCUGCUUAUCGGUUUAAAGAGGACUGAAACCUGAUGAUUCGAUUCCUCACAGAGCCCUUGUAUUUCCAUUUUUUGUUCGAGUGUGUUCAUCUACUUUCUUUAUCGAGGGAAAUCCAACUUGAAGUUAAUUGUGCUUAGUCCCGUGUCAAGGAAACACAAUAUACGCACAGAUAUUUGUAUCGAUAUGAAACCUGCUUUGUUGUAUCCACGAAGAGCUAAGCAGUUUUACAAGAGCUUAUAGUCCUUCGCAUAAAAUUUUGUUUUCCGAACUCAUUUUUGUUUUGCUAUGAGUUAUCGUCAUGUAACUUGAUGUACAUGUAUAUAGCUUUCUAGUGAACGACAACACGCUAAAAUCAAGUCGGAUUCGAUCAGAACUUGGACCUGAGGUCCUCAUUGACCUCUGAACUGGUCGGACCACUAAUUAUACGACACAGAUGGAGGAAGAAACAUUGAAAUGCUAUUUCUGUCACUUUAACGCUCAUAUGUUUUGUUCAAUGUGUGACACGAUAUUGUGUACAGAAUGUAUUUCAAAACACGUAGUGAUCAAAUCCGUCUUCGGCCACAGCAUCAUCAAGUAUGCUGACAGAAAGCGCGCGCAUGUUCGAACAUCCCGCAGUGUAAAACUUCCAAAGAAAACUCUUAAACCGGAAGCGGAAAUAACAUUUACCAUAAAAUGUUCUUUCAACUGGUUGCACGACAUUCGCUGUCAAGGAACUGACCAAUUUUGGGUCUGUGGAAGAAGCUCGGACAUAAUAUGUAUGAACUUGAAUAGUGAGAUAAUUCGUACAAUUGCCAUCAACGGAGAUCCGCAGAGAUUGGCCAUAGACCACAAAGGUGUAUUAUUCUAUGUGGAUUUCAAGACAAACUCCGUUAUGAAAUUAUCAGGAUUAGAAGAUAAAAAUCUGACAUACUCAGUAUUUUCCACAGGUGUAUGGCAACCAAGAGGAGUAGCAUUUACGAUGUUGAAUGACAUUCUCGUAAGUUUAUAUAAGCCCAACGAAAGCAAGGUUGUAAAAUAUGACUCCGUAAGCGGAAAUCCUCUUCAUGAAUUUCAGAAUGAUAGAAAUGGGAAAUUAUUGUUCGAAUUUCCUGGAUAUAUCGUAGAAAACAAAAAUGGAGACAUCUGUGUCUCUGACAAGCACACAGUUAUUUGUGUGAAUCCACAUGGACUUCUUAAAUUCACUUAUCACGGAAAUCGAACAACCAGCAGCGUUAAGAAGUUUGAUCCCCGCGGAAUAGCAGUGGAUAGUCAAAGUAACAUCAUCAUAGCGGAUUUCGCCAACAACAAACUUCACAUGAUCAACAGUGAGGGGGUAUUUCAACGGUUCAUCUUGUCAGGGAUGCUAGGACACCCUAACGGACUGACCAUCGACGUUGAGGACAAGAUAUGGGUGGCUGAAGGAUGGGCCAGCGGGAUUGUGAGGGUGAUCAAAUACUGGGAGGACGAGUCGUCCUUCUUCACACCUUCACCGAAAGCCGACAACGCCUUCUUCUGAUAAUUUAGAAAUGACAUGAUCGCAGUUCACAUUACAAAGUUAAUCCGGGUUAACUCUUAUAAUAGCUAUGGUGGGCUAACUGUCAAUGGGUGGAUACGACACAAAGAUUACAACAUGCCUCUCAGUAAAUAUAGUAUAGUUUUAUACACUGCACGUUGAAGAGUUUCAAGUGUAUAGCUUUUUUUCCAUAAAAGAUAAGCAAGAUUUA